AUGGAAGGGUCCGGGAAGAUGACGCCUGAUAGGCCGAUGCCGGGUGCUUCGGCGCAGAGUAGCGGGUCUAACACGCCCUUGAAUCAGCCUGGAGGUCACGCUGCUCCACAAGGGCCAAUGGGAGAUGGUUUCCCAGUGCCUGGGGUGCAGGGAGACCCUUUUCGUCGUCCGGACGCUGCGCAAAGUGCAGCGCCGGGGUCUGAGAACCAACGUUUCCCCUGGCGUUUCCCUCCUAUGCCUGGAGGCGCCGGUCCUAGAUCGGAUGGAUCCGCUGCAUCCUCUGCUAAAGCGGCACCCAGUGCGAAAUCGGCGUCGGUAGUAUCAUCAGGAGAGUCCACAAUGUCGGAGCAAAUGAUGCCUGGGCAGAUGCCACCUGGUAUGAUGGGAAUGCCCGGCAUGCCCAACUUCUUCCCAUUUCCGCCAGGUGCGAUGCCGGGCAUGCCAGGAUUAGAAGGCCAGGGGGAUAACAAUUCGACGAUUGGCGGUCCGAAGGUGCCGCCUUUAUCCGGCUGGAUGAUGGACGGGAUGAUGCCGAUGGGCAUGAUGCAGUCCGGCUCCGCUUCCAUAGAUGGGAGCCUUAUGCCCCCGAUGCCGUAUGCGCCGGGAACAGGUGGCAUGAAGGGAGAAGAAAUGCCGCCAAUGCCGAUGGUGUUUUUCCCACCCAUGAUGAUGGAUGGCUUACCCGAAUUUGCGAAGGACCCCAACGCUAAGAUACCGCCGAUAAACAUGAUGAUGCCUCCUCUGAAACCCUUAAAGGAGGAGAAUUCGUCUUCGCAGACCUCCAACCAAGCGGGGGCGGGGGCGGCGCAGAAGGCCGCACUUAAUAAGAAGGCCUCAGGGUUGGAUAGCAUGAAGACCAUCCUGACGCUAGUGCAGAUCCGUGAGACGUGCCAGCUGAAAGCGUGGCGCAGAAAGCUGCACAAAGGGCGAGCGCAAAUGAAGUUGGAUGCCGAGGCGGGUGUGCCUCCCAGCCGGAGCGGAUCUGAUCUUGCCCAAGGCGUGCCGCCCGUCGUCGAAGUCGCCUCUGACGACGCUGAGCCUGCUGAAACACAGGUGCAGACCGUGCCAACGCGUCAAUGGGGUUACAUUGGUCUGGAUUGGCAGGCUAAUCGUUACCGAAGUUCCGAUGUUAUCACCGACGAGGACAUGCGUGUUAUGCGCGUUUUCGACACCGCCGCGGACCAAGAUCUGGUAACCAUAUGCGAUGCGCUCAAGCGGCUUGAUGGAAUAGAAUACCGGUGUUACCCGUAUAUGUUUAUGGAUGAGUUGAAGUUACCGACGAGGAGGGGAAGAGGCAGCUUCCGUGUGUGGGACGACGACGAUAACGAGCUCUCACAGGCAGACGAUACGCCUGUCGGCGACUUCCCGUCGGUCAGAUCCGUCACACCGCAAGCCGACUGGAUACCAGCUGCUGUAACUUCCAAACAAAGGACUAUUGCUUCUCCAUCGCCUGAGGAGAUUUAUCAGCCCAAACAGCCGGAAGCCGCGAGUUUUGACAGCGUCGAAGUUGCUGGUUCCGCGGGUGUUAACACCAUCCACGCUGCUAAUUCUGUGAGUGUUGACACCGUAGAAUCUGCUGAUUUUGUGGAGGCAGAUGCCACCGGCGUGGAUACGGCUGGCAGCGGAGACAAAUCUGAACCGGACGCUGCCAUCAACGACAGUGAACUCGACUUCUCCGACCUUGACGGCGGGUCUAAUGCGAGCUAUGAUAUUGACUUUGACGAUGCGGAGAUCAGUGGCCCUGCUCAGUCAGUCGAACCAAGAAAUGCGAGAAGCGAUCUCCGACAUGCACGCACUGAUACACCUCGUAGCCCAGAGAACGACUUGGAGAAUAGUCUGCUUGAGCUGAUUUCCGACACCAAAAGUGUGGGAGCACCUGGUGAUAUGGAUCUCGACGACGAAUUCGAAUUCGAAGCGGGUGAAGAGGAGGUGGCUCCGCCGCCAGCACCUCCGACUUAUCCCCUUAAAGCGUCAGGCGUGCCCGACACGGGUGCUGCCGUGGAUGUCUCUUACACCGACGACUCCGACCUGUUCGGCGAGGUACCGGGAACUUUGAGCCACUACCGUGCGAAAAUAUGCAAACUGAUGAACCCUGGUGACAUGAUACACGAAUGGAGGGGUUUCAAGAGUCGGCUCGUCGGUCCCUUGUUGCUAGCUGAUCUGGUUGAAUUCGAGCACCUGUGGAAGGUGUUCCAGGAUAGACGUGUGGAGGACCUGUGCCAGGUGCUUGGUCGCAGCGUUAGUACGCCCACAGCAGAACCGUUUCCAGAGCAGAAGGGUGAACUUUUAUACCGUGUGGGCCAGGCUCAUAUGAGGUUGUUUUAUUCAUACAACUCCCCCGAGGUUCAAACUUUGGUUCGCUCAACCAUUUACAACCUGAAUGCACCGAAUGUGAUUUAUACGGCAGUGGAGGAGGAGGAAGACAUAACACCCACCUAUGGGGUUUCGGCACGGCAGGAUACUCCAACGGAGGGCGCUGCCAAGGAAGGCGAGGAGCCCCCUGGCGAAUAUGAAGAAUCUACGGCGAGAGACGACCGAGGACUACCGAUCAGAGAGAACGAACUUCGCCGUGCCUGGCGCCGCCGUAUACAAUCCCUGGCUAAAGAGACGCGGCUUGCGUUGGUCAACAUGGGUAAGAGUCUGCGUGACAUCGGGGACAUGACGUCCAACGCGGAGCAGAAUCGUGCGUAUGAUGCCGUUGUCGAAUUCUGCGAGGUUGCGGAACAAUUCAAUCGUAGGAGCUAUCUGACCAUGCUGAACCAAUCGUUCGACGACUACUACGAGAAGGCCAAAACACACGAAUCCGGUGUGGAGAAUGCGGGUUCAAACAGUCGCGAGCUUUUGCAUACGCGUAUUGCGAUGAACCUGACUGGAAUAUUGCCCGUGUGCGGCAAGGUUGCAAAGUACCAUAACGUGCGCUUCCACAAACCGGACUUCCGUGCUGGUUUGUACAUGGAGCACAUGCGCUCGCAGCGUGGCCACCAAAGUACUGAAUGGUCAACGUGGGCUGUGCGGCCCUUGUUGAAAAGCAACAUCGCCGCAAGCUACACUGAGGAGUUAGGUGGGUCUGAAAACAGGAGCCACCCUUCCAACUACUUCAUACAUUCGAGAGACCUAUGUCUCAACGACGAUUGCAAAGUAGCGUUGCUGGAGUACAUAGAGCAGACGCCGCUAGUGCUCCCCAACUGCGGUAUGGCCUCGCGCGUUGACAACUACGUGAAUUACAGGGAGGGCGAUGGAAUUAAACUCGAGUUCUUGGGUCCGCUGGGUACACUGUGCCAGGGUAGUGGCGGCAUCAACAUGUUCGGGGUGAAGCACACGUUGGAACCCGGUGAAGGUCAGGCCAUGCUAGAAAGCACGUUGUACAAGGCGCCCAUAUUUGUACACCCUCUUCAGGGUUCGGAGUCUCAUAAAAAGCUGAACAUCACGACCACCGACUUCCUGCUCACCCGUUCACGCUCGAAUACGGACGAGGUUGUGAUGCACCUACGUCCUCUGACCUGGCAGAGCGGUGUAGCCGUGUACACGGUUGGCCAAUGUGAGCCCAAAGUGGACCUGCAUCCGCCAGGAUCGAAAGCUUUUAUAGACAACACGUAUGACCUCUUGAAAGCAUGGGUGCUGAAAUCGGUUAUGGUUGGUGCUCUUUUGGAUGGUAAGCACCUUCGGAGGGAGGCACGCAAGAAGUUCGGAUCGGUGCUGUCUGAGAAGGAAAUCUCUCAGGUUCUGAAACAGGUCGAGAACACCCCCAUUUUCAGCCUACGCGCCCAGGCUCUCGAGCGCAUGAUUCACUCCACGAUCAAGCCAGAAACGGUUUGUGCCAUGGAAAGCGUUCGUGCCGCAAAAACACGGUUGGCCACCGUAGGUAUACUUCGCAUGAGAAACCCGGAUAAGGUUGGUGGGGUGUACGCUAAGAUCCAGGAUGAGGAGCGCCAACACCGGCAACGGAUACAGGCAAUGGACAGGCGUUUGAAAGAUCUUAAGAACAGCUAUGCCAAGCGUCUGGAGGCGCACGGUAUCAGUGGAGAGAGGCUGGAGACUGAAAUAAAGCAAUUUGAUUUCGGAAUACACGUAUCCCUGUACGGACACCUUGAGGAGAGGUACAUGACCCCCCAGAUUCGCUUCAUAAGGGACAUGCUUCAGUUGACGCCGUGGAGCAUCUCGCGUGACGUGAGGCAGGUGCUGAAUAACCGGGGAGCAUCUCAGUUUUGCUUGUAUGGUAUCGGUGAUCCCAGUGGCGGUCGCGGCGAGGGCAUCAGCCUUCUCAAACGUCAGGCGCAAGUGAACUUGGAUACCACCUAUACGGGCGAAGAUCUGCGUAAACUGUCCAUGCUAGAACUUGCCAAGCGUUUGCGCUGCUACGGUGUGGCCGAUGCAGUUAUAAGGAGUCUGCCGCGUUGGGACCAGGUGGCGCUCGUUCGUCAGUACCGUGACGGGUUUGGCGUUCAGGGUGUUGCCGAAGGCGACCACCGUUGGCGUAUCCCGCCUGAGGAGUACCAGAAGAAGAUCAAUGAAAUCCUGAUACGACAGCGAGCUGCGCUUGCCACAGAUGACCCCGUGUUCUCAGACGGAGAACGUCCGCAAGACAGUGAGCCCGAGCCCGCCACGGACGGCAUAGCGGAUGCGUUGAUGGAGGCGUUUGACGAAACGUCCGACAAGGACGACGAUUUGGAGCGCCGUGAGCUUGACAUUCUGCGCCAACUGCGAGAGGCGCAGAGCGCCGGGCCGCUGACCGAAGAGGAACGCAUGGCAGAGGUGAACAAGCUAAAGGCUGUACCUGGCGUCAUGUGGCUACGGCAAAGCCGCCGAACACCCAACGAGCCCUUCGGCAACGAGCGAGCUAUGUUUGUGUUCGGUGUAGAGAACAUGCGUAAGCUGCUAAAGUGGCGUGUGGAGUACACAAGGACUGUAGCCAGCACCGAGCACGAGCCCGCCGAUCCCAAUUCCCGACGCGUCUGCCAAGUGUGCGGCAGAGUUGCAAAACCCGUUUUGCGCCACAAAACUGGCACGUCCAAGGGCGAGAGGGGCAGGGGCGGUAAUGACGCGGCAGCAGCCACGCGGAAGCAGUCGCGCCUCAGCGACGAUAGUGACGCAGAAGUCACGGCAAGUGUCUCUGCUUUGCAGCGUGACACUACAGAGUGGCUCAACCGUAACCCGGAUCCACGUCACAAGCGGCGACUAGUCCUUCAGGUGUCACUCGACGAUUCCGAUGAUGACCUGGAUUCGGUAGACGAGGGUGCGCUGAUCAACACGAGGCGGAAGCACCCGCGUUCCAGCGCCGAGCGGACUACUUCGAUCGUAGAAGCCCCCAGCGGCAAUAUGGAACAGGUGAUGAAGUUAGUGUCGAAGGCUAUUCGUAUAGUGGAGAAGGACCCACGCUUCAAGCCGUUCACCAGCAGGAUCCCGGAGAGCGUCGCACCUAACUACUACCAUAUCAUCAAGAAUCCGAUGUGGCUGUCGCUGUUAAAGUCGAAGUGCAAGACGCGUUGCUACGCCGACAUUCUGCAGGUGCUCGAUGACAUGGCUCUGAUAGAACAGAACUGCAAGCAGUUCAACUCCGAGACAUCCGCCAACGCGUGGCUGCGCAGGAUGAGCGAGGUCCUCGUGGACGAGCUGCUGUUCCGUAUUCAGCAGAUGACUACUCACUUGCUGAAUCCUGGCGUUUUGGAGGAGUGGGCGCGCGAGCAUCGGGCGAACCGCGUCGUUGCCGCGCCUGCGCCGCAGGCCAACCCGACUCCAGUCACACCGCCUCCGGAUAAGCUCCCGCCUCCACACUAUGAGGAACCCAUCGCCCAUGAUGAGCCUUUCGAUGAGGUACCACGCAGCUCCGCAGCCGUCUCAUCACAUGUGCAGCAGACAGGUCCAGAGGACUCGCUCGACCGCGAGGAUUACGACAUGGACGACGACGACUUCGGAGAUUCGUUCUACGAGGAGUGGCACGAGAAAAUGGAAAACUUCCACCCGUCCUCGAUGCUGUCUAUGGACGUGGCUCCGAAGUCCAGCGAGAUCUUCUACGAGAAUGUGCGCAACUCGGGCACGCUGCUACGCGGCAUGUUCUAUACCCUCUCGAAGAUCGAGGAGCUCAAGGUGCGCCUGACCAUCAAGUCGCCCUCAGGGGACAUCAUGUACACCAAGGAGGCGCCUGACGGAAUCUACUCGUUCGAGGCUAAGGUGACCGGCGUGUACGAGUUUGAGUUCCACAACCCGCACUGGCUCACGUCGGUGGGACUCACGAUCUCGGCCGGAAGCGACGAGCACUCGGUGCUGGAGUCGAAGCACAUCAAGAACACGCAGUCGCGCCUGGAACAGCUCAAGAACAACGUGGACUCGAUCUACGCGCAGUUCAAGUACCUCUGGCUGCACAACCACCGCCAGAUGCGCGCGUCCCGCGACACGCAGUUCCGCCUGCUGCUAUACUCGUUGGUGCAGUUCAUGGUGGUGGGCGUCUGCUCCGCGAUAUGCGUGACAUACGUCAAGAAGAUAGUGUCGCACAAGCGUCUAUUGUGA